AUGCAGUCCAUACGACAGUCGAGACAUAUCCUGCGUGCGGUGAAAGCCCAAAUCGAGCGUGAUGCAGAGACAGCCAAACGGAGGACGCUUGACGUGGAGAAGGCCGAGGGAGAAGCCCAGCGACGACACUCAUCAGAAGACAUUGGCAGCGUCACGUCAAGGCCGAGAAGCAGCAGCAGCAGCAGCAACACCACCAUUAGCAGCACCACAAGUAACGAGGAUUCAGAGCCAACUUCGACCACUGCACACAGAACCCCAACGGCAACAACCCAGUACUCAGCUCGUGCAGCCCUGGGCCACUCACUAACGGGCGUCCAUGCCAGAGAUCGGAGAACGCACGAGGGAAAAGGCGAGAAAGUCUUCGUGGUCGGCUGGGAGGGCCCCGACGACCCUCUCAACCCACGCAACUGGCCACUCAGCCGCCGCAUCAGCUGCACGCUGCAAAUCUCGCUCAUCGCCGCGGGGGUGGGCGCUGCCUCGGGAAUCGACGCCACCGUCCUACCCCAAGCUGCGGCGUCCCUGGGCGUGAGUGAGGUGGCCGAGUCGCUGGACACAGGCAUGUACCUCAUAGGAAUGGGCCUUGGCUCACUGGUCGCCGGCCCUUUCUCGGAAACGUUUGGUCGGAAUGCCGUGUACAUCGGGUCCAUGGCUGUCUUUAUGGUCUGGAUCAUGGCUUCUGGCCUUGCGCCCAACUUUGGCGCGCAGGUUGCAUUCCGCCUCUUGGCUGGGUGCUCGGCCUCGACACCCCUCGUCUGCUCUGGCGGCUCUGUCGCAGACAUGUUCGACAGCGUCGAGAAGUCCUGGGCAUUCCCCAUGUACGCUAUUGCGGCCUUUGGUGGGCCCAUGCUUGGUGCUGUUAUGGGUGCGUACAUUGGGCCCUCGACGGCCGUCAGCUGGCGGUGGACAGAGUGGACGAUUCUGAUGCUAUCUGGGGUCAUUGUGCUGCUGGUCUUCCUGCUGAUGCCCGAGACGUACUCGCCGCUGCUCCUGCGGUGGAAGGCGAAGCACCUGCGGCGUGUCACGGGAGAUGAUCGCUUCCGCUCUGAGCACGAGAUCAUCAAGUCGACACUCUUCAGCCGGCUGAAGGUGAGCAUGACAAGGCCCUUUCUCAUGUUCACCGAGCCCAUCAUCCUCUUCAUGUGUCUUUACCUGUCUGUGGUGUAUAUUGUCCUCUUCACAUUCCUCGUGGGGUGGCCGUACAUCUUUCAGGAUACGUAUCAAAUUUCCCAGGGGCUCAGCAACAUCUUGUUCCUGGCCAUGUUCAUAGGCGUGUGGUUCAACCUUUUGCUUGUACCUGUUGUGUACCGCAUGACGACAAAGCAGAUCAAGCUAUCUGAGAGCCGGGGCGAGGGUCAGCACUUUAAUCCAGAGAUUCGCCUCUGGUACGCCAUGCUCGGCCCGGCUGUGGCGAUCCCCAUCUCACUAUUCUGGAUGGGCUGGACAGCAUCACCGAGCAUCAGCAUCUGGUCGCCCAUCCUCGCCGCAGGCCUCUUUGGUUUUGGCGUCACUGGCGUCUUCAUCUGUGCAUACAUGUACGUCAUUGACAGCUACGAGAUCUACAGCGCAUCGGCCCUGACCUUCACCGCGCUGGUGAGGUACAUCAUUGCUGGCGGGAUGACGAUGGGGUCACCUGCUGAGGAAGCGGAGCAAGUAUGCCGUGUCUCGUGA